AUGUCAUAUUUGUAUGGAAGCCAAGUGCCCUUGCCAGAACUUCUUCCGCCGCAAUCUGCCCAGCCACACCAAUCAUUAUUUGGAGGCCCAAGCAGUGAUGUCCUACAACCUUCUUCUCAACCAGAACCACCAAGGAGUUCUCUUUUUGGUGACCCCAUUAAUCAAGAUGCCCCUCUAGAGCCUCUUUCUGAAGCAGAUCUCAUGGAUGAGGAGCUAGAUCAAAAUGAAUUUGACACAAUGCGAGAACCGCCCUUGGCGUUCCAGGAUGACUCUGAAGACGAAAGCUAUGAAGGCAAUAAUCGUGGCAGAAGUCGCAUACGCUCAAAAGGGCCACGGGAGCCCCAACACGAUCCAAUUUACUACGUAGUUGACCGAGGUCUUGACCUGCCACCUGGAGUUGAGCGUCCCAAUCUGUUUGAUGGACACGCCAAUUCGUGGAGAAACUACAAUGCCGAUGAAAUCGGAGCCUAUAAUGCAAUGGUUACCCACCGAACCAGAGAUUUAGCGGCUCACCUUUACAAUGCCCACGCGAUUCGCAGGCGAGCGCGGGACAGUGCUCGGAAGAACCCUGGGGUCAUUGACAAAGCACCACUCCGUGUGAACAAGCGAUGGGCUGCAUGGCCUGUUCAUGCGGCCACAGUUCCCCGAUCCAACGAGGUGAUUCAGAGGAGAAUGGACGCCCCUGAUAUUUUUCAAAUGGAACCUGAUUCCCGACCCAGUGGAGAAUUGGAAGAAUGCAUCACAGCGUUCAUAUUGAAGACUUCCAAGGAGACCUUCCAAGCCCGAGAGUUGAAUUUCGAGGAAAUUGAAGAUAACCCCCGGAAUAAGAUGCUCGACGGGGAUGAAUUGAUGGACGACGAAUUGGAGAAAAAGGAGGAGGACGAAGAAGAAGAGCCAAUUGAUACAAGAAUCCUCCGGCCGACCGUCCUCCUCGACGAGGACAAAUCUAUUCGCCAAUUACGUCCGCUAGCCCGCAAUGUGAUAUCACAAGUAGAUCGCCUGCUAUACGGACUUCAUUGCGCCAUAAAGGGUCGCAAGUUCGAGGAAGAUUCUGGUGAUGAGCAAUGGAGUGAUUCAGAUGAAGAAGACUAUCUGACUCGAGAGAGCCACAAGAGCAGAAGCAGAAGUCGAUCACGUGGUCGAAGAAGUGCUCGACGGGAGUCUCAGGAACGGGACUUAUCACGCCGUUCCAACAGUGCACGCAUGUCCACUGGACUAGAGACGGAAGAUGAAAACUUGCCAGAUGUUUCCCAAACCCGAGCGCAAUCUCGCGACUCCUCUGUUGGCCACGAUAACAACCAACACAUCAAGGGCCGACUCAAACUCCGAGACUGGAGUGAAGUUAUGGGAUUGGCAUCAAUGAUGGGCCUUCCCACCCCUGCUGUUAUGCGCGCAUCAAAGCGAUGCGCCGACCUUUUUGGCGAGGAUAUGGAAUUCCGAAUAAUGCCUGAAGGCAGGGUAAAAAAGAGGAGCAAGGCAGGUGCUCGAGAAGAAUACGCCUACACCGAAAGCGAGAGCGAGAUCGACUCGACACCACCAAGUCCUCGGCUAAUCCCUCCGCCAACCCCCCAGCCAAAUCGCAGGCAGAUCACCAAACCUAAGCUUGAACAGAAAGCCACGGUGAAGAUACCCAAAGCCAAAGCGGCGAUACCCAAACCGAACCCCAAAUCAAAGAUUCCUAAAUCCAACACGAGGAUAGCAGGCCAGCGACGCUCGAAGACACACAAGAGUCCUGCAAUCGUUCCUCCCUCCGCAUCCCCGUCCCCAGCCCCGGAGGAGCCGACAAAUCCAGUGGCGGAACCUACUGUAGACACAGAACAAGCCGCCGACCAAGAACAAAAGACGGCUAAACCGGGCGUUGGAAAGGGUCCUCAUCGGAAAGUGGAUAUCCUCUGUCCUGUCAGGACUUGCACUCGGCAUACGAAUGGGUUUUCACGGAAAUGGAACCUGAACCAGCAUUUGAAAAAGGCGCAUGGUAUACAUGUUGCUCCUGGGAAUGAAGCCUCGAUUGAGCAGGAUGAUCCGGUUAUCGUACUCGAAUAG